CUCUCUCUCCACCUGUCCCUUUCUAUUGAUAGGUCGUAUGUUAAUCUUGUGUAUAGUUAAAAGGAGGCAUUCCAGUUGCGUCCAUUAGCAACUCAUUUCUUGUUGGUGUGUUGCUCCUUUCUCUCUGCACAAAACCUGGGCUUAAAACCCCUCCUUUCUCUCUCUCUCUCUCUCUCUCUCUCUCUUCAAGACUUGAGAGAAGUACAGACCAUAUCAUGUGUAGUGGUUCUAAGAGUAAGGUCUGUUCUGCUGAUUUAGCCAUGGAAGCUGAAAUUCAGAAGCAAAAGGAUCUUGUCCCUUCUUUCUCCCUUUUGCUCGAGUUAUCGGCUUCAGAUGAUAUUAUCAACUUCCAAAAGGCUGUAGAAGAGGAGGGUCAUGACAUGAAUGAGGUGGGUUUAUGGUAUGGUAGGAGAAUUGGUAUAAAGAAUAUGGGAUAUGAGGAGAGGACACCCCUUAUGAUUGCUGCUACCUUUGGUAGCAAACGGGUGCUGAAUUAUAUGCUUGAGAAGGGCUGUCUUGAUGUUAAUCAAGCUUGUGGUUCCGAUGGGGCUACAGCCCUUCACUGCGCAAUUGCUGGUGACUCUGCUGCUUUGCUUGAGGUUGUCAAGCUCUUGCUUGGUGCUUCUGCUGAUGUGAAUUUAGUAGAUGCAAAUGGAAAACGGGCUGUUGACCUGAUCUCAGCUCAGGGCUGUUGUCUCAACUCUAGGAGGAAGAUACUGGAGUACUUGCUUGGAGGAAGCAGCGACGACGGGGAAGCAAGUGGACUUAUCGAUCAGAUUAUCUCUGAACAAGCAGAAGAACAGCUGUUAUUGACUCCAAACAUCUCUAAAUUUGGGAGCGAGAAGAAAGAGUAUCCUGUUGAUCCCUCUCUUCCAGACAUAAAGAUUGGGAUAUAUGGGACAGAUGACUUCAGAAUGUACAUAUUUAAGGUGAAACCAUGCUCAAGAGCUUACUCCCAUGACUGGACAGAGUGCCCCUUUGUACACCCCGGUGAAAACGCCAGAAGGCGUGACCCUAGAAAAUACCACUAUAGUUGUGUCCCUUGUCCAGAUUUUCGCAAGGGGACAUGCCAGCGAGGAGACACUUGUGAGUAUGCGCAUGGUAUUUUUGAGUGCUGGCUUCACCCUGCACAGUACCGAACUCGUAUGUGCAAGGAUGAAACAAAUUGCAAUAGGAGGGUAUGCUUCUUUGCCCACAAACCUGAAGAGCUUCGCCCCUUGUACCCUUCUACAGGGUCUGCUGUGCUUUCACCUAGAUCAUAUUCCAAUAGUGCUCUGUCAUUGGAUAUCGCAUCAAUUUCUCCACUAGCCCUUGGUUCUCCAUCAAUUAUGAUGCCUCCUACUUCAACUCCACCUAUGUCUCCUUCGGCUGGAGCUUCUUCUGUGGGUGGAUCUUUGUGGCCCUGCCAAUCCAGCCUUGCAACUCCAACCUUGCAGCUGCCUAUUAGUCGGUUGAAAACCACAUAUAGUGCCAGAGACGUGGAGUUAGAUAAUGGUUUACUUGGAUUCGAUAGUCAUCAUCUGCGACAAGAUCAACUGAUGGAUGACUUAUCUGCUCUUUCUUCACCAUCUGGGUGGAACAGUUCUUCGGCCAAAGCUGCUGCUUUUGCAGCUUCUUCUAGUGAUAGAAACGGUGAAUUUGGUAGGCAUGGUGGAUUGAACCCCACUAAUCUUGAUGAUAUCUUAGCGACCCUUGAUUCCAAAAUUUUGUCUCAGCUACAAGGGCUAUCACUUGAUGCUGGAUCACCCCAACUACAAUCUCCCAAAGGGAUGCAGAUGCGACAAAAUAUGAACCAGCAACUUAUGACAGGCUAUUCUUCCGGUCAAUCUUCACCAUCUUUUAGGACAUCAUCUUCGUUUGGGAUUGAUCCAUCUGGUGCUGCAGCAGCAGCUUUGAGUUCAAGGUCUGCUGCAUUUGCCAAGCGAAGCCAGAGUUUCAUCGAUCGAAGUGCUGCAGGCCGUCUUUCUGGGAUAUCUUCAUCCCUUUCUAAUGCGUCCGCUGUGCUUCCUAACCUCUCAGGUUGGGGAUCCCCUGAUGGUAAAUUGGACUGGGGCAUCCAGAAGGAAGAGCUCAAUAAGUUGAGAAAAUCUGCUUCCUUUGGUUUACGGAGCAGCGGCAGUAGGUUUGCUAUGAGUGAAUCCUCAAUAAACUCUUCUGCUGAGCCUGAUGUCUCUCGGGUCCAGUCUAUGGUGAAGGAUUCCCCUGCUAUGAGUUCAAGACAAUUAUCUAGGGAAGAUCAGCAAUAUCAUCUGAAUGCUAGUCGAGGUUCUGAGACGAUUCCAACAUGGGCGGAUCAGCUAUACAUGGAGCAGGAGCAGAUUGUGCAUUAAUGGUGAAGAUCGGAUUCGGGCUCAUUCGUUCUUGAAGUAAUAUCUAACAAGUUUUCCCAUUUUUUGAAUUCUUUUUUCCAUAUUCACCAUCUUGUUGAUGAAAGGAUAGUGAUAAGCAGAGAAAGAGAGCUAGAGAAAAAACUUGGACAGGGUGGAAGAAUUCUGCUCAUUCAAAAUAUUUUGAUUUUUGAAAAGUGAUGUCUGCUUUAAUGGCAUCACUAUAGAAUAUGUAACAGGGAGACAAAUAAUGAAAUAUGGUCCUCUAAUUCAAGAGCCAAGUUAUCAAGUUACA